AUGAGUGAGACCACAAAGACUGUGGAGAAAAGUAAUGUUACAGAGUUCACAAGUGGACGUACGGACGAGAGAUAUGUGAUUGGAAAAUGCCACAGAAACACUGAGAAAGGGGAUACAGCAGAGGGUAUGCAAGAAACCACCGAGGAAACUGAUAAUGAAGAGUGUAUACUAACAGUGUGCUGCAGAGCGGGCAGGAUGGGAGCCGCGACCUAUACUGUAGGCACCGGAGAGUUACACAUACUGGAAGAGAUAGUGGAUCGUCCGCCGGAUCAUCAGCUGUUCCAGGCGUUGUUCCACCAGACGGAGCCGGUCAGGGUGGUGGUGGACGGCAAGGCUCAGGGCUCCUUCAUCGCCGUCCUCAAGAAACUGGUGUUCAGCGACGACACUGAAGCCAGGUGCAAGCUCGACAUGGUUUCCGCCAAGGAAUACAAUUUCGAAGCAUGUAAGCGACGUAUUUUCUCCCUCUCCCUCCCCCACGAGCCCGUCAACUGUUCCGACGAAGAGAGAACUCUGUUCGUGCGGACGGUGGUAGACUUUUCCCAGACUCAGACCGUCCACGCGCUGGGUGCCAUGCUCAGGUACCUGGACCUGAACUGGUCCAACUGGAGCAUGAACCUCCACAGCAGACCGGAAUACCUCAGCUUGAAGAGAAUAUCUUUACAAGACAUCGUAUCGAUAGACGAGGACACGUACAAAGGACUCCAGAUCUUCAGUUCUCUGUCCCACCCCAGCGGCUUCAAGAGAGGAGUUCGAGGGACCAACAAGGAAGGACUCAGUCUGUUUCAGCUGUUUAGCAAAUGUUCCUCCAAAGUUGGUCAUCGACGUAUGAGAGUGUUCCUGCGACACCCAACGACGGACCUUAAAAUUUUAAAGAGACGACAACAAGCAAUCGCCUUCUUCAUGAGACCGCAGAGUGACUCCCUGUUCAGGAAUAUAUGCGCGUCUCUGAGAUUUGUGAAAAACGUCAAUGGUAUCCUCACUAAAAUAAAAGCAUUAUCAGCUAAACCGUAUCAAUGGAAAUCCUUGUACAACACUUUAUACCACGUGGUGCUUAUAUGCGAAAUGUGUGAAAAUACCAAAAACGAAUAUUUGGAACAAUUGGCGUCUUUCGACACGAACAAGCUGUAUGAGAUGGCGCUCUAUAUGAAUAGGAUCAUAGACUUCGAUGCCUCCAAGACUGAAGGCAAAUUCACGGUGAAGGCUGGCGUCGACUCCGAGCUUGACAUCAAGAAACAAACAAUGGCGAGUCUUCACGGCCUGAUGACUGAGACGGCGAAGGUGGAGCUGGAGCGGCUGCCGAGCUACAUCGAAGAGUGCACCAUGAUGUACAUGCCGCAUCUGGGGUACCUGCUGGGGGUCCGGGUGUGGAGGGACGACCUCGCGCCCGGGGACAAGGAGCUGCGACACAUGAGGUUCAUGUUUCAGAACAACGACUACAUACACUACAAGAGCAAAGGAUGCGAGGAGCUGGACGUGUUGCUGGGCGACACGUACCCGGAGGUGGCGGCUCACGAGACACGCAUCAUGAUGAGGCUGACGGCCGUACUGCUGGAACACCUGCACACUCUCACCGACCUCGUGGACCGCUGCGCAGAGCUCGAUUGUGUGAUGACGAUAUCGAAGGUGUGCAAGGAGUACAGCUUCGUCCAGCCCUCGCUGACCGCGGAGAAGAGGCUGGUGAUACAGCAGGGCCGGCACCCGCUGCUGCUGGCGGCCGGCGACCCCGCUGUCCCCAACGACCUGCGCUGCUCCGAGCACCGCGGGUACAUCAAGAUCAUCAGCGGACCCAACUCCAGCGGGAAGUCCGUCUACAUCAGGCAGACCGGUCUGAUAGUGUACUUGGCGCACAUCGGAAGCUUCGUGCCGGCGGAAAGCGCCACCGUAGGCAUCGUUACUCACAUAUUCUCUCGGAUUCAAUGCACGGAGAGUAUCGCCACGCACAUGUCCGCCUUCCUGAUAGACCUCCGGCAGAUGUCGCUAGCCGUCCGCACGUGUUCCAGCCGGUCGCUGGUGCUGGUGGAGGAGGCGGGGGCGGGCACGGCGGCGGCUGGAGGUCUGGCGCUCCAGGCGGCCGCGAUACACUCGCUGACGUCACUCUCCCCCUUCACCCUACUAGCCACACACAGCGACCUUCGACCGUACGUCAUAGACAACACACGAGUCACGUUCAUGUACAUGGACUACGUGAUCCGAGACGGCGAGCCCGUGUUCCUCUACCGGGCGGUGGAGGACGACGGAGGCCGGGGGGCGAAGGCCGACGAGGGCCUGGCGCUGCAAGUGGCGGCCUCUAGCGGACUACCGGCCGGGGUGCUGGACAGAGCACGGGACGUACUGGACGCUAUACGAAGUAACUCGUUGCCGCAACCCAACAGGAAGGUAACGGAGAAACUGAACAAAAUGACUGAAAUAAUAAAACACGAACUACAAGCGGAUGACAUUUAAUGACAACACGCGACCAGCUCCGACACACCGCGGGUAGUAGAAACAUGUCAGAAUAUAAUGAAACUUACACACUAAUGUUGUUGGCCUUGUUUGGAAUGUACGGUGGC